GACGACGCUGUGCGUGCACUGAAACGGCCGCUCUGUUACUCGGUACGUGAAGGAACUGAUCCAGCCUUUGUGCAUAUGUUUAUGUCGCGGCUAUGGAGGCCUUUCUGGGGACUCUGCAAGAGCAUGACCUAAGUGCCGUGCUGACCUCCUGUGAACCCGAACUUCAGGAGCUCAUGCGCCAGAUCGACAUCAUGGUAGCUCACAAGAGAAUCCAGUGGGAGCAGGAGAUGCAAACCAUGGAAGGUCGUUUGCUGGAUGGAGAAAGGGAGCUGCAGUCUGCCAGAGAUGUACUAGAAAGAAAAAAUACCGAGGUAGAAGUGCUCCGUCGGCAGCUAGAGGAGGCGCAGGCCAGGCAACAGGAUUUGGCAUCCAAGCAUGAGGAGCAGCUGCAGCUUUUGCGCAAUGAGCUGGCCAAGCUGAAGCGAAGCUAUGAGAAGCUGCAGCGCAAGCACCUGAAGGAGGCCAGAGAAGGAAACAGGAGCCGGGAGGAGGACAGGAGCGAAGUGAACCGACUCAGCAGCAAGCUAGAGGAGUUCCGUCAGCGCUCUGCCGAGUGGGAGCAGCAACGAGCACAGUAUCAGAAGCAAGUGGCAUCCCUGGAAGCUCAGAGGAAGGCACUGGCUGAGCAGUUCAAACAGAUGCCUGCAACAGUGAGGCAGAUGCCGGUGUCUGCCCGGCAGGAAGACCAGAAUGAGCGUGCCAACCUGUGUGAAGUUCAGAGGCUGCGCAGUCAUCUGGAGAAAGCCCAGGGUACACUGCGUGUCCAGGAACAGGAGCUGGGGCGUCUGCGGCUGCUGCAACGAGAGCUGGGAGACUCCCAGCGGGAGCGACAGGUCGGCAGGAGGCGGUCCACUGAACCUAUCAAGGUGCUGAGCGAAGAGAAGGCGGAGCUGCAGGCCACCCUGGAGACACAAAAUGAGUUUGUACGCAGUGCGGGUCUCCAGCAGCAGCAGCUGCGCACAGAGCUGAGUCGACUGAAGCAAGCCCUGCAAGCCAAAGAGCAUGUCAUUCGGUCCCUGGAGGAAUGCCUGAGAGACAGAGGUGUGUCCACAGGGCUUUCUCCACUCAGGCAGGAACUGGAGAAGGCCCUGUUCCAGCUGCAGAAUUCCCAGUCCUGUGAAGGACACCUGAAGGCCGAGGUGGCUCGACUUCGGGACAGUAUGGAGAGCACACAAGGGCAGAGCUGUCUGAAGGAGGAGCACAAUCGUUCCUUGGGGGAGGUGAAGAGGUUAAAGGACGAGCUCCAGUUGAUGGAGCAGACACGACGUGGGGAGGUAGAGGGGAUGAAGAAGGAGGUGUCCCAGCUGACCAAAGAGCUGCACCAACGAGACAUCACCAUAGCCACGCUAAGUGGAUCGGCCUCCAGCAUUGAGCGUCAGCUGAGGGGCGAGAUGGAGCGCUCGGAGCGUCAGGCAGCCGACCUUAAGGUUGCCCAAGUCCAACUGGAGACACUCAAGAUUGAGAACCAGCAUCUCGCCGAGAUGCUGGAGCGAGUCGAUUCCAGGUCUUCUAAGAGGGGUGACAGCUCCUUGGCCUCCCUCAGGGAGAGCUACGUGUCGUCACUGAGUAGUCUGGAGCAGGAGAACCAGCAGCUGAGGCAGGAGCUUGCAGAGUUGCGCGCUCGGCUGGAGGCCUCCACGCAGACCUGGCAGGACAAGUACGAGAGGGUGUUGCUGCAGAGCCAGGGCAAGCUGAGUCAGCUGCGUGCCGCCGAGGAGAGGAAAGAUGCAGAGGCCCAGCGGCAGCAUGAGGAAGAGCUGACUGCCAUGCGGGCUGAGAUGCAGCGCAUGGCCUUGCACUACGAGGAAGAAAUUCAAAAUCUCCAAAGGAAAUUUGAGAGGCCCUCUGAACCACCAGUUCAGCGUCCCUCUGAUUUGCUGCACGGCCGGUCCCUCAGCAGCGGGUCAGCAUCAGCCGCAUCCUCCUCCUCCUCCACUCAGGGAGAGGCAGAGGGCAAGGGGGUGCGUGUGGCCACAGACAGAGCCCCAGGCAGGCAUGUGGAACACGGCAGCUCCAGCUCUGCAGAAUCCCAGUACCUGGUGGGCCGAGAUGAUGGCUUACAGGAGGCCCGCUGCGCUUCCUCACCUGCAGACUCAGUGGCCGCCCGCUUCCUGGAGGAGGAAGACCUGCGCUCUCAGGAGCUCCUCAAGAGGCUGGACUCUCACAUCCAGGGCAUGCGGGAGGACACCACUAAGACCAUACGCAAGUACCUUGGAGAGGGAUCUGGCCCUCCCUCUCUCUGAGGAUUCAUCUUGCGUCCCUGUCCCCCCCCGAACACCUCCAUCUUGCCGCUGGAAGUGACCAGACCAGACCCUCUCCGGAGCUCACAGGACACCAGCUCCAAAUGGUGCUCUUAAGUGAGGUGGAAUAGGAGCAUAGCGCAAACCAUGGUUCAUGGUUUCUUGGUUAGAAACUUGAUUGACGGAGCACAUCGAGUCAGAGAUGGAAUGUCAGUGGUGCUGUAACUUCAGCUUUAUUUGGGAUUUCCUCCCACGCUCCACAAAUUAAGGUGCUCCAGUCCGACCCUCCUGUGCCUGUUCAGGACAGCUAGGCAGCAACCACUGUGCACUUUGACAUUCGUCCUUCCUUUAAAUCUGUGACUUAUCUGUGUCUGCCUUGUCUCUGUGUGCUUCUUCAAAAGUGGAUUUGUCAUUUAAAAUAAUUAAAUAUUUGUGCUUU